CCAAACCAAAAACACAUACAACAGCAGCAGCAGCAGCAGAAGAAGAAGAAGAAGAAGAAGAAGAAGAAGAAGAAGCUGUCCAAUCUUAAUUUUGGGCCUUUAUAUACCAGUCCGAUGUCAUAUAUCAAGAAGAAGAAAAGUUGUGGAGAGGCUUCUGAUGGAGUUUUGGUUAACAAGGACCCCAUUGAGCCAACAAUGGGAGAGAAGCUUGCAAGUAUGAAUCUUAAUAACUUUGAUGAUGCCCAGAGCCAUGUUGAGAAGCAGCAGCCAGAGCCUUCUCUAGUUACAGUGGUGCUGCCUCCGAGUGCAGAUUCAGUUCAGGUGCUGCUUAGGCAGGCCUUACGUGCCGAUGAUCGUGUGCUCUUGUUAGAUUGCUUGUACAACCGAGACGAGAAGGUUAUUGCAAAGUCAGUUUCGUUGUUGAAUCCAGCAGAUGUACUCAAGCUUUUGCAGUCUUUGAUAUCAAUUAUGCGGUCAAGGGGUGCAAUUUUGGCAUGUGCACUUCCAUGGCUAAGAAGUCUGCUUCUUCAACAUGCAAGUGGAAUAAUGUCCCAGGAAUCUUCUUUAAUCGCCCUGAAUUCUUUAUAUAAGCUCAUUGAGUCUAGAGUCUCAACUUUUGAAUCAGCUAUUCAAAUGUCCAGUUGCUUGGACAUCCUCUACACCGGGGUUGUGGAUGAUGAUGGAGAUGAGAAUGCCACGAUGGUGCCUGUAAUUUAUGAGGACAGGGAUGAAAGUGAUGAUGAGAAAUCUGAAGAUGCCAUGGAAACUGAUCUAGAUAGUAGUGAUGAGGAAGCGUCAGAGGCAUUUGAUGGUGUUAGUGACAUUGAUGAAGUCAUGGCAUGAGUGAUUGAUGUGAAUCUAAGGGUAGUUAGGGUUGUAUUAGAGAAUUUUGUGCCAAAUAUGCAUUUGUAUUGUAGUUAAAUGGAAACCUAAUCUUUAUGAACAAUGUUAGUUCUUCAACAUCCAUAUAAGGAUGUUAGAAACCUAACACAGUUUUGUUUUGUUGCCAAUCCAUCAUAAUUCCUGGCAAGCUAAAUACUUGGGUGUUUAGCCACUGAAAGUUCAGGCAUGUUAAUUGGAUCUUGCUACCAGCCCUUGUUUUUA